ACAAGGUUUGGCAAGUGUGUGGCCAAGAAUAAGUACUAUACGCUUGCGCAAGUAGUCGGGGAAAAUUAGGCAGACGAGGAGGCUCGCAUUUCGUCAAACAGUUGCUGGGCACCUGCUCCGGCAGAACAUUUCGCGGGGAUAAUCGAACGUCGAACGAAGGUAUUAUAGUUGGCUUCAUUUGUUAUAAGUAGACGCAGACGAUGAUGGUUGAGGCGUUUAGCCAGUAGAAUUCGGAGCAAGUCCCUUAAAGCAUGAUGAGAGUGGCGAGGAGUGUUUUACAGCGGGUACAUGUUGCGUGCAACAAGAAUGGAUUGGUGAAGAGGGCGUACCAGUCCCCGAUAGUCAUGUCUCCUUCUCUUGUUUCUCUGGACCUCCCCGACAAUUGGACUCCCGUCUCUCACCAUUAUCAUCCUCCACCAUCAAAUGAUUACCAGACAGCUGCUGUAAUUGAUGGGAAGUCCAUUGCAGAGGAAAUUAGGUUGAUAAUAGCUGGAGAAGUUAGAAGGAUGAAAGAAUCCAUUGGAAGUGUUCCUGGAUUGGCGGUAAUUAUGGCAGGACGAAGAAAGGACUCUGAGACUUACGUCCGCAACAAGAUUAUUGCCUGCGAAGAAGCUGGAAUCAAGCCUUUUGUUGCUAGAUUUCCUGAAAAUUGCACAGAGGAUGCCGUUCUUAAUGCUUUGUUGGCUUUUAAUGAGGAUCCCUCUGUUCAUGGUGUUCUCGUGCAGCUUCCUCUACCACAACAUUUGGAUGAGGUGAAGAUUCUGAAUAUGAUGGCAUUAGAGAAGGAUGUGGAUGGCUUCCAUCCUGUAAAUAUGGGGAAUCUUGCCAUGAGAGGAAGAGAACCAUUGUUCAUUCCCUGUACGCCAAAGGGUUGCAUUGAGUUGUUGAUCAGAUCUGGAGUGGGCAUCAUGGGGAAACACGCUGUGGUGAUAGGGAGAAGCAACAUUGUUGGAUUACCUACAUCUUUGUUAUUGCAGAGACACCAUGCAACUGUCAGCACUGUACAUGCAUUCACAAAGGACCCAGAGCGGAUUACCUGUGAAGCUGACAUUGUGGUCGCUGCUGCAGGAGUGCCUAAUCUGGUUCGUGGCAAUUGGCUAAAGCCUGGUGCCGUUGUUAUUGAUGUGGGAACUUGUCCAGUUGAGGACGUUAGCUGCGAGCAUGGUUAUCGACUCGUUGGGGAUGUUUGUUAUGAAGAAGCAGCAAGGGUGGCAUCGGCUAUCACCCCCGUGCCUGGAGGAGUUGGACCGAUGACAAUUGCAAUGCUGUUAUCCAAUACCCUCCACGCUGCCAAACAAGCAUAUAGCUUUACUUGACCACUACAGUCUUUAGUUACCGAAACAUUUGUAGUUAUGGCUUUAAUUUUUCAUUUCAUGUUCCCGGCCAACACUCCAUGCUGCCAAGGUGAGUACAUGCUUUCACCUGAUGGCUAAUACCUAGAUUUACUAAAACAUACAUAUGAUACUGUGGUUUCAGAGGAUCUUUUUAGGGACUGAGUUCAUGUCCUGCUGCUUUUACACUCGGGUUUCCCUGCA